AUGCUUUUACCCGCGUGCCCCGCUUCAAAGCCAAGCAUUCCGCCAACGCCCGCAAGUCUUCAGGGUAGCGGAAGUCGCCACAUCAGGCUGUUGCUGGAUCUGAAUUUCGUGUGCUUUCUGCUGCAGGUCCUUGCGACGGGCGGGUGCAGCUCGGUGACGAGCCGCGCGGAUUUACUUCCGUGCACAUGCGGUGGCGGAGGGACGAUUUACUCCUCAUUCCAUAAGAAACUGUUCGUCCACAAUCGGCUCCAGACCGCCGUCGUCUCCGCGGCGUCGCCGUUCUCGCGUGCAUCUCCUCCACCAGGCUCGCUCGCUAGCGGGGCGGAUGAGCCUGCGAAGAAGCGGGAGACGGGCGCAGGCGAAGGCGCCGAGGACCGACGGGAGUCGGCCGCCGUCGGCGAAGGCGCGGGGGCUGCGGGAGACGCCACAGAGGGCCCCCCACCCGCAGGGGCUGGAGUGACUGGAGGCCAAGAGGCAGCGGCGACUCCAGAGGCGGCGGCUCGGCCGGCGGCGUCAGCUGCCAGAGGCGAAGGAGGCCACGCCUCGCGUUCGAGUGUCGCUGCGCCGCAGCCGAACGUCGUCCUCAGUUUGACCGAGGUCACUAGCUUUCAGCCCACGGUGCUUCCAGGGUGUCUCUUCGCGCCGUUUUUGAACGUGGAAAUCGACAGCGCGGUUGCUGUGCUGCCGGCCACGACGCGCUGCGAGUGGAGGGGGAGGCCUGGCAAGAACAGGAAAAACGGGCUACGGAGACGGGGAGACAGUGCGAGAGACCCGAGCGGCCAGACCGCAAGCUGGAGUGCUGGCGACCGUCGGCGGCGCAGCGGCGGGGGUUUGGGAGAUCGAGACGAGCUAGACACGCCUUCUGCCGGGGAGCGACAGCGCGAGUUGGAGCGGGCCGCAGAGGCGCUGGCCGCCGGAGCCGAGGAGGCUUCCGAGGCAGGGGGGGAAAACGUCGCGCCUGUCGACAUGCAGCGCCGGCGCGGCGCAACUGGCGGCAUGCCGCCAGCGCGAGACGAAGGUGACUCUGAAGGCACGGGUACGGGAUCCCAGCGGUCGACGGGAAACCACGAGCGGCCUGAGAUGCCAGCAGGCCCGAAGGCCCAGGGAAAUCAACGGACAUCGACGGACGACAAGCAAACAGGCGCACAACCAGGGACAGCUGAGAGACGCUCCGAGGAUGCCGAAACCCUAGGCACCUCAGUGACAAAAAAUGCGGCAACGGAGUUCGAUGACACUGCCACGCCUACAGAGACAUGCGGCGAUAAAGCUGCGGCGGGGGACGCGCAGCGCCCGAGGAGGGCUACUGAGGAAGAAGCGAGGGAACCAGCGAGCUCGGCGGCUCUCCCUGCGACAGCUCCAGCAGCUGAGCCCGUAGUGGACGAAGAGCGAGAAACCCGCAGAGAGAAGGUCGCGACUGAGGAAGUACUCGCGUACGCCAGCGAUACAAAAGUUGCAAUGUCGCAGUGUGGCGGAGAGAACAAUCGUCACGAAGGCCAAGAAGACUCAAAGAACGCGGGCACGCAAGAAGGCAGCAGCGAGGAGCGACGCCAAACGUCGCACCACCGCGCGGAGGGUGACGAUGAAGGAGAUACACUCGGCGAGAGAGCAGAGGUGCUCGGGGAUCCGGAGUUGCCCUCGGGGGAUCUUGUCGUCGUGGGGACGCUGCUUCUGCAUGGAGGCGCAAACGGCGCCUCUCUGCGGGUUCUCCAGCCUCUUCACCUGCAUGCCGCUUCAGGAUCGGUGCGGCUACGCCAACAGAGCAAGCUCGUCUUCGCGCGGCUUUCUGUGUCUUCGACUGCGGCCAACGCCGAUCCGCGAGGGCACCGCCGCGGAGGGCAGGCAACUUUCUCGUUUUGCCCCGGACACGAGGAUCCGCUGGACCAGGCCGACGAAAGCCACGCUUCGCCGUCCGCUGUAUCCUCCCCUCCAGCGCCUCUCUCCUCCGAGCCUUUUUCGUCUUUUCCGGCGUCGUGCAGGGCACCAAGCGUUGACCUUAAUUUCCCCAUCCUCUCUGCUUCGGGUUCCGUUCAGAUUGACACGAGUGCGUCGGUCUUGUUUUCGCCGUUUCUUUCUGUCAGGGGCGAUGACAUGUCGGGUGGGACCUCGCCCUUUCCCGCGUCGUCUGCGUUAGCGGCAGGUGCUGCGCUGGCGCUGACGCCUCCCUCAGGCGCCGUGUUCGCAGAAGGGGAGUUGAUCAUCCACGGCUCGGUGCGGGCGUCGCUGCCGUCUGCAGCAUUCGCGGCGUCACGCGGGGCCGGGGCGUCACGGUCGGUCGCGCCCCCCGUUCUGGUGCCUCUGUUUCCACCGCCGCCUGUGCUAGCUUAUGGACAGGUGGGCGUGACGCUAGGCGACGACGUCCAGCGCCUGCAGAAUAUGAUUCUGUUUAGCGAAGGCGUGGUACGGAUUCAUAGCAGGCAGGAGAGCGCCAGCGAGGAGGAGGAGGAACAUCGGUGUGAUCUACGCGCACAGAGACAACCUGCGAAUCCCUGCGAUGCUAUGGAUUCCUUCCUCCACGCCUUCCUCUCACCGGCUGUCGCAGCGCUCAAGACUCUAGGCGAUGCGGAUCCUCAGGUCGCGAAACCGCGGAAGUCCGAGCGAGAGCGAAGCGAGUUGACGCCGCGCCCCCCAAGAGAUAUGCAAGGGCGGAAAGCUGACCAGACGCCACAGACUAUCGGCGAUAGGACUGAGGAGAGAGGCGCAGCAGGCGGAGGGACGGCCGCGUCGCCGCAUGCGCCGGACUGCCAGGCGGGUUCACCGGCGGCAAGCCCCUCAGGACGCCGAAAGAAGCAGGCGGCCUCGGCGCACCGCGUGCUGGCUAGCGAUAUGCCUCUGGCUGGUUCGGCACCUGAGGCGUGUGCGAGGUCUCCGCUCGCCGGCCCUUCUGCCUGCGGCCGGGAAGAAGGGGACUUGGAAGACUCGACACACGGAGGUGGAGGCGAAGACGACAGGGCACACGACGCUCGCAACGGAGACGCAGGGCGUGGAUCGCGAGGCGGCCUCGCACCGCGGGAGGCCCCCGGCGAGCCGGCGCGUUGGCUCCACAUGCAGAGACGUCUGGCAGAACUCGCCGCGCAUUUUCUCUCGGCUCUUUCGCUCGACUACGCAGUGCGCGUGCCGGUCGACAGACCGAAGGAUCCCGGCGAUGCAGAGAAAGCGGUGGGUGGCGCACCCACGGCCUACCCGUCUGAAAGCCGCAGCGCCUCUGCGUCCGAGCGGGAGGCCGAGACGAACGGGGACUGUGGGCCCCCCGCGGAGACGGACCGGCACUGCAACGCGAACCGAAAGGACAUGCUCGGGCACGUUGAAGACGAAAAUUGCCCUCCUGCCGGGGAGGCUUCCGACCUAGAGCAACACGCUGGUGACGAAGUCGAGAGACUCAGCGCGGGCAAUGAAGCGCCGCCAGGCAGCGAGAGGGCGAACAGACCCUGGGAGCAGGCGACUGACAGUGUAGAUGAAGCGAAGCCCGGAUCGACCAACACCGCUGACGGCGACACCAAGGAGGGGCGCCGCGAGGCGGAGGGCAAGUCGCGGGAGGAGGAGAGCGCUGACACACGAGAGGAGAAAGUCCAGCGCACCGGCGACGAGGGAGCGGAGCCGCGCAGCCCGGAGGGGUCUAGCGUAGAUGCUUCGAAAGCGCCAGAAAGGCCCCCCGCAGCCGACGACAGGCCGCGUGAGGCCAGCGCCGCACCAGGGGCCCAGCCGCAGUUGGACAUCCGACUGGACACCGAAGGCCAAGUCAGUCAAGUCGUAAGGCAUGGAGACGGGGGCAGCGACACACCUCAGAGCGAAGAGCGUGAGCAGCCACGCGACGCCCCGAAGCAUCUGGAAGGAAAACCCGAGGCGGCUGGGGAGGAAGCCUGCACAGGCGAGGAAACAUCACUUCCGUCCCGUGAAGCCACAGAUCCAGUGCAGAGGGAUGCCGGUACUGCAGGGGGAGGUAGUGCCCGACCAGGCCGCCUCACGGGGGCCGGCGAAGUUGGAGACAAUAUGCGGGGACCGUGCGAACGACGGGCUUCUUCUGGGGACGCGGGGCAGAUCGGGCGGAGCGCGAUGCCGGUGCGCGCGGACUCGGCUCGCCAGCAGGAACGAGAUGUGCGAAAAGAGAUCCGCAACCUUCUUUCGGCUACUCAGCCCACGUGCCGAAGUCACCAGGACGCGCCCGCGCGCAUUCGAGCCCUUUUAAGGAUGGGCAAUGACGAGGACAACGCCCGCUCGGUGCCGCGGGACGCGGUGGCAUUUUGGGAGCUCGUAGAAGCCAUGAACGACGCCGGCGCACCGCGGUUUGUCCCCCCGCCUCUGGUCGAGCUUCUGCUGGGCCGGGUCACCUUGCAAACAGAGACAGGCGGGGAAGCCUGCGGCGGCUCGCGCUCUUCAGCGGCUUCAGCACUUCAAGAUGAAUCCGCUUCUUCAGGUCUCUUGAAGACAGUGCGACUCGACGGCGCCGCACAGCAUUUGCAAGGCGCCCGAGACGCUCUGGCUCCGCCGCCGGAUCAGGGCAUCGGCAGUUAUCCGCUCGACACGAAUUGUCCGUUGUUACGGCCCUUCCUGCCUUCGCCCCCACGCGCGCCGCUGCCGCACUCGCCAUCUGUCUCGCUGGCAUCGGCUGCCGCACGGGGACGUGUGUUUGCUUUAUCAGGGCGUCUGGCGUGCGGCAGAGCCUCCCACCCUGUCCCGACGUGGACGCCGCACGGACUGUUGACAGCAGCGUGGCUCUGCCGCGCCGAGCAAUCCGGCCGGGACUUCGACACGCUGAACCAAGCGAAUGUAAAGUGUGAGGGAGCAGCAGAUAGAAGGCGCGACGACGGACGCGCGGAGCGAGGCGAGAGAGCUGGGCAGGCGGCUGCGACGGGGGGAGAUGUAGAACGCCCACCGCAGCAUAGAGGGGAUGUGCGGACUCAACCGGAGCAAGCCGACGCCGCACUUGAGCAGAGAGGCGGGGAGGUCGGCGGGUUGAGGGAAGCCGUGACGAAACUAGUGGAACUCCCCGGGUCCACGUACCAGUCGUGGGACCCCACGUGGCGCGUGGAGAGCUUUGAUGAAGCCCGCCAAGGUGCGGCGAGGCAGUUGAAGGCGCGCAGCGAGAGCCGGGGUCCUGAGACUGAGGACGAACACCCUGGGCGCCGGCGGCUUGGUGCAGGUGAAGCUGCGCCUCAGUCAGACCCAGACGAGGAUCGAAGGAAUGCAUUUAGCGGAGAGGUCGAACGCCUGUGUGAUGGGGCCGCGCGUGGCGCCGCCGGGACGGAGACGGCUGAAACGGCGGCCUGCCAGCCACUAGUGGGUGACGCGUCCCCACGCGCGGGCGACUGUCCCGAGCAGCCUCGGGCGUUGAGCGUGCUCCUGGCUGCGCCUCUGUACCGCAAGCAGUCUGUGCGGGACAGAUGCUUCGGUAAGAAGAAACACACGCACAACAGCCAGCACCGACCCACGGAGAGCCGUCUGCCACUGCCAGAGCAAGGGGGCCUAUCCUAUCACCCGCGGUCUCAAGGCGCCCUCGGGGGUCCGCGGCUGUCCGCUGCUUAUCCAGCUGAUCGAUGGCCUCCACUCGAGGUGGUGAAGUCGCUGGACGGUCUGCGACGCGCCGCGGCCUUCUCAGGGCCGUGGCGGCCCGGCGCGUCGCCUUCGGCCUCACCCCACGGAAGCGUUCACCUUCCCUUCGACGUGCUAGUUUACGGACACAAAGGCGUAGUCGUCGCUGAAAGCAGCCGCGUCAGCGGCGCUGCUGUCCUCCUCUGCGGAGGCACCGGCCCUGUAAAGGUGGAAGGCAAAGUCACAGCGCGCGCUCGAGGGUGCAAACCUGGAGAGGGGCCAGGGGCCGGAAGCCGAAACCCGGCGGCACCCCCGCAGCCGCCAGCGGAUGUGUCGCGUUCAUUGGCGUCGGCGGCUGGCGAGCGGAAUGCAGAUCCUUCAUCGCCCGCCGCCGCUGGCGUGCGCGACAAUCGGGGGGACGCUGUGCCAUCUGACCCAGAGACGGUGCUGGAUGCGUUGUCGUCGCCGCCGUCGCCCACUGUGGCAUCUUCGUCGCCCGCGUUCUGCGGGGCUGGUGGCGGCGGGCAUGUGGGGCGAGGCGGCGAUGGUGUCGACCCUCGCACGGGGCGUCUCUGCGUGGGGACGGGGGGACGCUCGUACGACAUCGUGGCGAAUGCGCUUCCCGCCUCCGGGGCUCAGGCGCAGGCCAGAGCUCUCAGUCAGGCGGCAAUGGCCUCGGAGUCACAGAGAGGGCGCACGAGUCCUCAGAGUCCGUCAGGCCAUGGCUCAGGUGCUGGGAAAGGCGGUCCAGAGGCAAGGGCGGCAGUAGGCCUGCGGCGCAGAGACACCGAAGAGGUGGUUGCUUCAUCGCUAUCGGGAGAGAACAAUGGAAUGGGAGCGUCCCGGAAUUCGUCGGGUGAGCAAACCGCUGAGGCGGCUGCCGCAUCCGAACACGACAUUGAUAAAACCUCGCAGACGGCUGGGGACACGAAUGUGUCCUCGGGUUCGUCGGCAGCUACAGGCGCGACGGAUGAGGCCACCGGAGCGCCAUCUCCCCACGCGCACCCUGGAAGCCCAAUUAUUCCAGCAGAGCGCUUGCUCACGCGACUCCCCACAACCAGUGCCUCGGGCGGUGGAGGGGACCCGCGGCGUUCAGGGGCCGGAGGAGGCCUCGUUUGGCUGGAAGGAUUCGAAGUCGAGGUGAGCGGAGUUGUCGAGGUCGACGGUGCGGACGCCGAAGCGAUGCAAGACGUGCCUGUGGACGACGCGGUGCGGCGCGCUCUAAUUGAGGAGGAGCAGGCCAAGAAACUGGAACAGGCGCAUGGGGCUGCAGAGCCAGAGGGACGCGAGGCCAGUGCGAUAAGAGAGCAAGACCUGGCCUACGCCGGUUACCGUCAGUGGCAAGCCUUAGCCCUCCCUGCUGCGAUUAGAGAUGUGCUGGCAUACGAACUCACGAUGGGGAUGGUGGGCGUGCUGCCGAUGCAUGGAGCCGCAAGACGUGAUCAAGGCAGCGCGGCCGAAGAAGGCGUAGACAUCGUGAGACGGCGCGGUACGCAGAAGAGGGGACUGGAGGGACUUCGCAACUGGCCAUUAAAAAGCGAUGCAGAAGACAUCGAGGACUUGAUGCCUGACGGCAAGGCGGGGGAUAGUCGACACCCGGGGAGCGUGGAACGCAGCGGGACCUGGCUUCCUGCUUUCCCAGCGGGUCGCCGUGACGCCUACCAGGGCAUUCACUCGGCGAGUGAACUACCGGGCUGGAGCCUCUCUGGUUUUGCUGGGUCAUUUCUAAGCAAGGACGAAGACAUGACCUCGGAGCCAGAAUCAGCUUCGCGGGGAGCUCCGCGACGGCAGGCUUUUGCAGAUAACGACUUGGGGCAGCAGGUCAGCGGCGCGCCGGGGUUGAGAAACAACGAGGUGACGGAUGAUGGCGCUUCGCUUACGAGCCAAGCCGGUCACCUGCCGUACGACAGCUCAUCGAAAGUCUCUGUGGCAGCGUCGCUCUCUGGCGAUCCCCUGAGAGUUCCAAGGCAUCCGAAUCCGGGUGGGGCGGGCAACUAUAUUGGCGUCGACUUGAGGAUGCCAAGGGACUUCACCUCUAUCAGCCUACCAAGCGACGAGCAGCCCCUCGUAGAGAAGCGAAGAGAGAAAAAGGAAGAGCGCAGCGCAGCUGCAGCGUACCUCGCGACGGCACUCGUUGAUCCGAGCCAGGCGGGGCAAGGUGGAGGUGCAGGUGGGAGUAUCAUCGUCAGGACUUACGCGCUCAAGGGCUCUGGCCUCCUCUCAGCCCGCGGCGGAAAAGGCGGACGGUGUACUGGCGGUGGCGGCGGAGGGGGGGUCGUGGGCAUCGAAUGGCUAGCAGAGCGUUCCUUUGCAACACCGGAAAGAGGAGGGCGCGGUCGACUGCCGAGCGAGGAAAUCGAACACAUAGAGAACUCAGCGAAGGCGGUAGGCAAUGGCGACCAGGGCAGACGACUCGGCGACUGUUUGCAGCAAGACGCCCCUGUGUUGACAGUUGUGAACUGCACCCCGAUACCGGCAUCUGGUCACAACAUCGACGAGGGAGAAGCGGCUCGGCAUGAGCUAAGUGUCCAGAGACAAACCGUGGACGACUCUGAGUCAAAGCAGAGCACGGGCUCUCCCAGGUCGCCACCAGGCCCGGCGAGCCCGUGCACCGCAUGCGCCUCUGAGGCAGCAUCCUCGCAGCCCUCUCGCGCAGCACAAGGCACUGACGCCGCGCAUCAACGUGUGCAUGCUGUGAACGAUACACAGCCCCAGCAACUGUCCAUAGAUCCGCUCUCGGGUGAUGAGUCCAACUCGAGCACAGGCCCUGCCCCCAAAGCGUACCAUGGAAUGCGCACAGCAGCAUUCCUUGGGUCGCCUAUUCUAGCGCCCUUGCUGGAGCCAUCCGCCAGCGAACUAGGCGACGAGAUUUUGUGGCUGUCUCGAAUGCACUCAUCUCCGUUUCCGGUUGCUGCGCUGGCCGAUGCGCUCGCCAAAUACCCCUUGCAGUUUGCAGGCAUGUUUACGGGGCGUGUAGACGUGUCGGGGGGUGCCUCGGACGACUCGCAGGUUUGUGAGCUCUUACAGCUUCCAGCCGGGCAGAAAGGAUUUGGCGGACAAGUUGUCGCACUACCAUCCUCCGUCGGAGACCCAACCUCAUGCCCUGCGGGGCGUGCAGGCUGGCAGUGCGUCCCCUGCCCCCUAGGGUAUUUCCAUUCUCCUGGGGAGGGGUUCUGCCGCGCAUGCACCAACAAGCCUGAAGAGACUGCGGUGUACGUUGAUGCGCCGUGGCUUGGUGGUGGAUCGACCACGAGUCGUCACUGUCCCUACGCCUGCCUUCCUGGCCUGCCUGACGUCACAGUCAAUCCUCGGUGCCUGCCACCUUUUCUCUUUCUCCUGGAGACGUUCCGCACGCACGCCUUCGGAUUUGGCUUGCUCUUUGGCGUCCUCUUCCUUGCCGUAGCGUUUCUGGUAAAGUUGGCUCAGCUGCUGGAUUGGCGGUAUGAGCCGUCUGUUCAGUUCGAGGUGACCCCGCGGCUGGAAGGCCCACUGUCUGUCGACUUGCACCUGAACAACCCGGCAGCAAGCUCGCUGGCAGGCGAGCCAAUGUUCGAAAGCAAAUUAAUUUCAGCUCCGAUCCGUCAAAGACAGGCGCGGUCUAGUCUCGUCCGCUCUUGCCAGUCUCCGGGAGGCGGGGUCGUUCCGGAGAGCGGGACCGGGGCUUCGCCCUUGAGCGCAGCUGCACUUGGUUCAUCGACAUCGGCGUUGCUACGUAAAACCAUCCAAGAGCGCCGGAGUGUUAGGAUGUCUCGGCCGUAUCUGACGAUGGAGGACCUGCCGUAUCAUGUCCAGCGGAUUAUCCUGUUCGGCUCAAAUACUCCAGUGGACCCCUGGGGCCUCGACGCGGUCCCACCUCCUUUCUUGGCGCCCCUCGUUGUCCCCGAGCACUACGCAGCCUUUGCGUGCCACGUCAACGCCUUGUGUUCGUAUACACGUGGCUUUGUCUUCGCGUACAGUGUCCUUAGAGCAGUCUACCUCCCGGCUGCUGCUCUGCUCCUGGAGGCUGCCAGGCGGCGGCAUGCAUCCCAGCUUAUCUCCUUUAUUCUCUCGCUUGACAAUACGGCGUCUCGACGUGAUGGACCGCGGCAUGCGUUUUCUCGACGCACCUCGGCGUAUCAGUCCCCGUUUGCAUUCUGGAGAUCCAUCCGAGCCCGGGAACUGUCCUUCGGGAUCAAGGUUACCGUCAGUCCGUGUCUGGGUGUAUGUUGCUUAGACGUGCUGGACUUCGAUAGGAACCCUUUUGAUUUUCACCUGUACCCUCACAGCCCCAUGGUCAUCCUUCCAACCGAUACGCGGAUGCUGUCUCCGCAAGCGCCGGGAGCUGAGCGACACGCCAACGCCUCCCCGUCUCCUGCCUCAUCGAGAUCCGCAAGCACCAGCCCCCGUUCCCGCAGGCGUAGAGGCGCUCGAGGAUUUUUCGCCAACUGUCGAUGGAGGGCGUUCUGGAGAGGGUUUACCGACGAAGGAGUCUCUGAAGCGGGCCCCGAAGGCGGAAAAGCCCCAUGUGACGAGCUGGUGUUCUCCGGAGGCAGGCGGCACCGGCGCGGCGAGCAGGCGGAGAACACCGGCAGAUGGAGAGGCACGGGAGGAAACAGAGGUCGGAACUCAGGACGGAGAGGAGGCAGUCCUUUUGUUGAAGCUCUGCAGCAGAUUGUGGGAAGGGGGACGAUUCAGAGCACCCGGGGGUGCCUUGCCCUAUCCGUGGCAGUACGAUAUGCCUGCCCGCGAUCGCUGCAGCCAUCGGCUAUCGGGGUCUACGCUUCAUCCACGCCAAGAGCAAGAAGAAUCUCACUCGCAUGGACACCUCUCGCACUGGGGGGAGGUCUUCCUGACGAAGGCGACGAAUUCCUCCUGUGGCGUCUGUCGCCUGGUGUAGCAGCGGUUUUCGAGCUUCAGGACGGUAUUCGAAAGUUGAGCACCCAGUUCCUGCUCCCCCACCGUCUAAAAGCGUCACUCUGCAUUUUUCCUAUCGAGGGAUUUGUAACGACAGGCGACAGAUGCCAGCGACUCGCGCACCUACCCUCGGAAGCCGUAGGCCCGCAGAAGUUUGAUGCCAUUCAGGCUGCUCCACCUGGCAGGAAUACCGCAACAUCGAACACUGUCUCCGGGAACCGCUGUGGAGCUGUUUCGGUUUUCCUCGCCGCGGCCGACCGAUUCGCGAGGCCGUGCGCUCUCAGUCCCUACUCCACCUCGACGUUACGCGUGCCUUGGUUGCAUCAAGAAGACGCAUGGGCGGAUGGGUUUGUCGCUCCACUGGAGAGUGACGAGAGCUCGGCGGACGGCCGAAAACGACUGCCGGCACGAUCGCGUAUCCCGUUAUGCGGGAGGCCGGCAUCGACAGCGCUGACCUGCACCACGGGUGAACGGGCAUCGCAUCACAGGAAUGUCGGCAAGCCAGAGACCUUCGGAAGUAACUCGGUUCCAGCGGGUUCGGCGAGCUUUGAGGAGCGGGCUUCGCCGUUCUCUGCUCGCGAUCGCUCGUUACCCGGAACCGCGCGACGGCUGGGUUACGCCGGGAGUGCAGGAAGUCGUUCGAGAGAGUCGUUUGAUUCUCCUGGGUCGGGAAGCAUCCCAGACUCGAGAGUGUGUAGCCCGCCUCCGCCUUUCACAGCCAGCGUGAACCUUGCAGGGCAAGAAAGCGCCCGCCGCGUACGUUCGGGGUUCGCAGGCCUUGCACGGCUAUUGUCAUUCACUUCCUCGGGGUCAUCAUCGUCGCCACCCGGAAGCUGCCUCGAGUCGUCUGGGAGCCCCACUGGGUCGCAGGCCCCGUAUCCCUUGUCUGUCACAUCACCACCGCCCUACCAGGGAGGGCAAACCGAGCCCCUCUUUACGGCAGACUACAGCCCAGGUCCACUAGGCGCUGCCGCCACAAGUCAACUCACGCCUGCUAGCAUGGCCCAUUAUAAGCCUGUGUCAAAGUACAGAGAAUUCCCGGAAAUAGCCUAUGUCGCUGGAGACACAAACGUGAGUUCGCCGCAUUCGCCUAUGUCAUGGCUGCCUUCAUGGGUUUCCUCGAGUGCGCCAGCAUCGAGCUCUCAAUCGCAGUCACACGCGGAGCCUUCGCUAAUGGCGGCACCGGACUCUUAUCCUGUACAUGCUGCUGCUGGAUACUUGAAAACCCCUGACGAGCCUUCCUGGGGUAGCACAGGCCGUCUGCGAGUUCGGCGGCUGCGCCAGAAUGUGAUGGCUCUUGUUAUUACUGAACUGCCUCCGGCGCCUCUCCCGUCCCAUGGAUCGGCAUCCGGCGAUGCUGCAGCUACGCGCGAGGACGUGGGAUUGCCAACUCUUCCCUCCCUUGCAGCGCCACCGUCAGCAGCAGCUCUGACGUCCCCUCUGGAUCCAUCGCGCCUCCAUCCGCUCAACGUCUCCGCUGCUUCGUAUGUGUCUCCGUCGUCCCAGCGUCCUGGCGCGGGAGGACGCGUCGCCCGAGACGGGUCACGCUUGAGCCCGACGCCAUCAUUCUCGUUGGUUGGGCGUUUUGACCGAUACGCCGGCACCGGCACUGCUUCUGGGGGCAGCGGGCACGGGCAGAGUCCAUCUCCGUUUUCCGGAUGCUACACUGAAGAGCAAGGCAGCAGGCAAAUGUCAUCUCCGCAUGACACAGGCGAAGUUGUAAUGCUACCGUUACUGAGUGAGACAUCAGUCAGCUCGAGCACUGAGGGUUUUGGCGAUCCACCCCAGGUGCCGGACUCACCCCGCGGAUACGCCGCGACUGCUGGAAACGAAAGCGACUCUCUGGAUGCAAGCCCGUGCUCGUCACCACGUGGGACUCAAAGGCGGAAACUUCCACCGACAGUUCAUACGGGGACAGCCGUUGCGGCUCUAAAGGGCAGGCAAGUAUUGGUGCCUGGCGGACUACGCUGUGACACGUCAGGCACCCCGCAGGCGGUGACGUCGCCGGACGUCUUGCACGGCGAACAGUCACAUGACAGAGAAUGUGCGAAGGUGGGCGUUGCUCCACUGGCGCAUGUCCCAGCACCUGGUCUGCCAGAUGUAAGGGACACAGAGGCUGGCGGUCACCGUGAAACGAGCGGGCAUUGGACGACUGUUAUGGUCGAGCGCCAACCAUGGCCAUCCGCGGUCCGCGAUGUGUCGCAGUCCGCCACACGUAACUGCGGGACUCGCAGGCAUAUGUACGAGAGGUUACCAGGGCGCAACGGCAUGGGCGCAGCGGCCACGGGAACAGCGGUUGCCGCUGCAGCGAUUGGCGAGCUGAGGCGACGUUUACUACAAAGUCUGGGAGGCACUCAGGCCGUGUCAUAUCCUGCACCGUCAUCUGGGGUGCCUCGUGAUGGCACCACAGUGCCUGCGCCGGUCCACGAGGCACUACGCCGGACAGAACGCGCUUCCUAUGCCGGGCUUUGUGACCUGCGCCACGCGGAGAGCUGGACGGAGUGUCUACGCGCCGCAGUGGGAGUCGAUCGAGAAGGUGUUAAUGGCGACGAGCGGAGCCACAGAGGGGCAAGUGAGGCAGGAGACCCCACAUUCGCGUUUCUCCCGUACAUAGAAGAAGAGACGUCGAGCGAGAACGCCUGGCUACCGCUGGGCCGAUGGAUAGAAAGGGCAGCGUCCGCAGCUCAGAGGAGAGUCUGGAAGCGCGGACAGACAAAUGCGAUUUCAACGAUUCUCUUUGCCACCUUCACGAGCCUCUUUAUCCUUCACGGGGUUGCCACAUUGGUUCAAUACCACACGAUGUACCACGCCUCACAUCCACCGUCGUCUCCUUUCUCAAUCUCUUCUCGGAGUGCCGCCAUCCCGCCGCUUCUCUCACCGGACGCCCCAGCGCCUCUGCCAUUCCACGUCCCGUCCACACUAAGCGCCGCUUCGAUUCAAUCAAUUCCCGUACCUUUUCCAGAUAGACUGCACCUUUUGGUGGCGACGCUUUGCCCCCCGUUCGUAGAGGUGUUCGCCAUCAUAACGGGCAUCCUCUUCAUGAUCCGGGGGAAUCCACAGCAGGGUAAACUGUUCCUCAUGUCCCUUCUGGCGUCGGUACCGCGGCAUCUAAUCGGCUGUGCGCUGCGUGUCUGGGAGCGGCCACAGUACAAUUUCAUCAUCCUCGAUCUGCUAGAGCUGGUCUUUUUUCUAUGUCUGAAGACUGCACUCUUGGUGGCAGGAGGCAUGUGCCUGGCCGACGUUCAACACCAACUGGAGACAGCAGAUGACGUUUCACCCGACGGAGUGGAGUCUAUCGUUUUGGUGAGCUCAUCAGCCGUGCGAUACGUAGUGAUAUUGAAGCAGCAUCAAAAUUCUGCACAUGCAGCCGGCCUCGUCUCCCCCGCUCUUAUUCUCCUUGAUGCGCAAAGAUUAUAA